CCGCGGCGGGAGCUGUCCGCGACUCCUAGUGCUGAAGUAGGCGCGGACGUGCCUAGUGCCCGGCGCGUAGUAAUCGGCUCCCGGUGCCCGGGCCAGUGAAGACCAUGGCGUUCAUGGUGAAGACCAUGGUGGGCAGCCAGCUGAAGAACCUCACUGGGAGCCUGGGGGGCGGCGAGGACAAGGGGAACGGGGACAAGUCGGCGGCUGAAGCGCAGGGCAUGAGCCGAGAGGAGUACGAGGAAUAUCAGAAGCAACUGGUGGAAGAGAAGAUGGAGCGGGACGCACAGUUCACACAGAGAAAGGCAGAGCGCGCCACGCUGCGGAGCCACUUCCGAGACAAAUACCAGCUGCCCAAGAACGAGACUGACGAGAGCCAGAUCCAGAUGGCAGGUGGAGACAUGGAACUGCCCCAGGGGCUGGCGAAGAUGAUUGAGGAGGACGCAGAGGAGGAGGAACAGGCCUCAGUCCUCGGGCAGCUGGCGAGCCUCCCUGGCUUAGACCUUGGCUCACUGAAGGACAAGGCCCAGGCCACCCUGGGGGAGCUCAAGCAAUCCGCUGAGAAGUGCCACAUCAUGUGACUACUCCCCCUGGGGUUGCCCUUUGGGGUGACCAGAGGGCUGGGCCCACACUAGCGACCCUUACCCCACCAAGGCUUUGUUUCCCCAGCCUGCCUCUGGUCUCUCCCUCUCCACUGGGAGCGAUGUCCCCACUCCACCUCUCAGGACUCACCCUCCCUGCUCAGCCUGGGGAAGCCUCCCAAAAUUGUAGGAAUAGGCCCGACCUUCUCUAGCCACGGCCCCUCAUUCCUGCACACAGAGCACCCAUAGAGAAACACACAGAGGGACAGAGACCUCGGCAUGUGCAGAGGCAUACGCCCCAGACGCAUCCUGGCACACACAGACACACAUGCACAGGCCAGCCCCCCGGUGCCCAGCCCCUCUAGACACCAACACUCAGAUAUGCUUAGAGGAGGCUUCAGGCAGACACCCCCAGCAGACAGGAGGCCUGACUUUGAGUCUCCAUGUUUAUUUUCAUUGAAACACACUGCUCCUCAUCUACAAAAUGGGGGUGGAUGGGGUGAUUUCUGAGACUCAUUCUAGCUUAGCCUCCCUGGCCCCCUGGAGUCAAUCCCACCCCUUCUCUGGGCAGGGCAGCAGCUGCAGCCAUAGCCUCAAGCAGAAGCCACUGUGGGCUCUGGUUCUUGGGAGCUGAGCAAUGCUGUGCAAGGGACCAAGUGCCAAAGAUGAAGCUGGAACAGUAGCCAGACAGCUCCCGGCGUCCUCUGGGCCCAGGGCCCAGCCAAUUUCUGUUUUGUUCCUGUAGAACUCUCUCUGGAUUCCAUAGCUGGAUCUCCUCAUUCAGCUCAGUGAAAAAUAAAAAUUCCAAAUGACCUGUCUGUCCCCCGACUUCUUACUGCUCUUCAGGAGUCUUAUUCUCAGCUCCCCAACCCUGCCCUUGGGGGGUGUCCUCUACCUCCUCACACGCUGCUUCAUAGGAGCACCAGCCCCUAGAAGAUGGUCCAGAUCUAUCCUCUCAGGGCCCUGGACAAGCACCAGGUCCAGCCUGGGGCCGGAUGAAACACAUCUGGGCUUUGAGGAGGAUGGACGGGCAGGGCCUCUGGGGCGUGAGCUGAGACCACAGGCGGGGCUACCACUCAACCACAGCUGUCUCUCGUACCUGUGCCAACGUCCCCUCCUCACCUUGGAGAUGGAAGGUGUGACAAAAAGAAGACAGGCAGUUGUGUUCUAGCCCUGGCACUGCUGUGUGACUUUGAGCAGAUCCCUUUCUUCCUGUGAGCCUGUUU